CACAAACCCCACAAAGGAAACAAUCCUGCUUGGCCAACCAUUAACCGACUUUUAUCCCAACAUGGUCAACUUGGAAUCCAACAUUUGAAGCUCUUGCAUCGAGUAGGCGGUGGAGGUAUAGGAAAUGUAUUUGUUUGUAAGAUUAACAACACCGCCACCGGUUCCCAUCAUCAUCAUUGCCUUUCUGCCAUGAAAGUAAUAGAUAGGGAUGAACUCAGAAUUAAAGAAAAGUUGCAUAGAGCUAACAUUCUGGGAAUGCUUGAUCAUCCUUUCCUUCCAACAUUAUACGCAGCGUUUGAUUUCUUCCACUGUUCAUGUUUGGUUAGGGAGUACUGUCCUGGUGGCGACUUGCUCACUCUUCUGCAACGCCAGUCUGAUAUGAAAUUUAGUGUCCCAUCAGCUACAUUCUAUGCAGCUGAAGUGCUUGUAGCAUUGGAAUAUCUUCACAUGAUGGGUGUAAUUUAUCGUGAUUUGAAGCCAGAAAAUGUGCUUGUUCAAGAAGACGGUCGUAUUAUGCUCUCAGACUUCGAUCUCUCCCUUCAAUGCGACGUUUCACCCAAUCUUUUAAAAUGUAACGCCAGUAUCAUGGACAAGGACUACAAUUGCUACUCUCAUCUAUCAUUGUCUACGAAGAAAAACAAGCUCGUCGUGGAUAUUCCGGAACCUGAGGUCGAAUUACGGGCCGAGCCGACUAAUGCUCGAUCGAGUGUAUUUGGCUCCGGAGGUGAUACCAGGAUUAGGCCAUGGAAGUGGUGUAAAUUGGUGCAGACGCGAAUUUAA